AUGGCUGUAUGUGAUUGGGACAUGUGCUUUAUUUUUGCUUUACCUGGAUGGAAAGGCACUGCGUAUGAUGCUCGUGUAUUUGAUAAUGCUAUUACAGCUCCUACCAUGAAUUUUCCGCAUCCUCCUCCAGGUAAAUAUUAUUUGGUAGAUGCCGGUUAUCCAACACCGAAAGGAUAUAUUGGUCCAUAUAAAUAUACUGAGUUUAAUCAAUAUGAACAUGCAAACAUUCUUGAUGGAGAAGAUAAUAGUUAUGUUGGUGAAAGCUCAGAUCAAACUCUAACCAUUAGCUCUUCUGUAGAAAUGGAUCGUGUUCGAGACUCGAUUAGAGAUCAAAUUAUUAAUUACAUGCAGUAG